CAACCUUCCGGUGUGUCGUCCGGUUAUAAAACCUCCGCUGAGCUCCGGAACCGGACCGAACCUCACAAAUCGGCUUCUUCUGCGUAGCAGCGAAUGGGGUUUGACAGGUUCUGCAGUCUGGACCGGUCCGACCCGUUCUGGGACUGGAACCGGACGUGGAACACACCUAACCCAGACGUGACUCCGUGUUUUCAGAACACGGUUCUGGUGUGGCUGCCAUGCCUAUACCUAUGGAUCAGCGCCCCUGUCUACCUCAUCUACCUGCGCAGCCACAACCACGGCUACAUCUGCAUGACUCACCUGAACAAGGCCAAGACUGCCGUGGGCUUCCUGCUGUGGAUCGUCUGCUGGUCGGACGUCUUCUAUUCGUUCUGGGAAGCGAGCAGCUCCAGCGUCCCGGCAGCGGUCCACUUCGUCAGCCCAACCUUACUGGGCCUGACCAUGCUGCUGGCCGCCCUGCUGGUCCAGUAUGAGCGGAUGAAAGGCGUCCAGUCUUCUGGGGUGAUGCUGAUCUUCUGGCUGCUGACUCUGAUGUGUGCCUCCGUCAGCUUCAGGUCCAGGAUCCUGCAGGCUCUGGACCAGCCUAAGAUGGUGAGUGUGUGGAGAUACACCACCUUCUACAUCUACUACGCCCUGCUGCUGGUGGCCCUGGUCCUCUCCUGUUUCACCGACCGGCCGCCGCUCUUCUCUCAGACUGUCAAAGACUCGAAUCCCUGUCCUGAGCCUGGAGCUUCGUUCCUCUCCAGAAUCACCUUCUGGUGGAUCACCAGGAUGAUGGUGACAGGAUACCAGCGCCCCCUGGAGGAGAAGGACCUGUGGUCCCUGAACCCGGAGGACCGGUCCCAGCGAGUGGUUCCUCAGCUGGUCCGUCGCUGGAACUCAGAGUGCCAGAAGGUCAAGAGGACGGAGCAGGGAACUCUGUACUCCCCGAAGAGAGUUGCCCACCCUGAAGGCAAAGAAGGCCAACCGGUGGAAGAGGCUGAGAUCCUGCUGGUCAAAACCCCCAAGAAGACCAAGGAGCCGUCGCUGUUCUGGGCAUUGUGUCUGACGUUUGGACCCUACUUCCUCAUCUCCUGCCUCUACAAGAUCAUCCAGGACAUCCUGAUGUUUGUUGGGCCUGAGAUCCUCCGGCUCCUGAUCCGUUUUGUGAACGACCCCAGCGCCCCCUCCUGGCAGGGCUUCUUCUACACAGCUCUGCUCUUCCUGUGUACCUGCGUCCAGUCGCUCAUCCUGCAGAGAUAUUUUCACGUCUGCUUCGUCUCUGGGAUGCGUCUGAGAACCGCCAUCAUUGGAGCCGUUUACAGGAAGGUGGUUGAACUACUGCUCUUCCAGGCCUUGGUCAUCAGCAGCGCCGCUCGUCGGACCUCCACCGUAGGAGAGAUCGUAAACCUGAUGUCUGUGGACGCCCAGCGCUUCAUGGACCUCAUCACCUACAUCAACAUGAUCUGGUCGGCUCCUCUGCAGGUGGUUCUAGCCCUCUACUUCCUCUGGCAGAACCUGGGUCCAUCGGUUCUGGCUGGAGUGGCUGUGAUGCUGCUGAUGGUUCCGGUGAACGCUGUCAUCGCCAUGAAAACCAAAACCUACCAGGUGGCCCAGAUGAAGAGCAAAGACCAGCGCAUCAAGCUGAUGAACGAGAUGCUGAACGGCAUCAAGGUGCUGAAGCUCUACGCCUGGGAGCUGGCCUUCAAGGACAAGGUGUCGGAGAUCCGUGAGAGCGAGCUGAAGGUCCUGAAGAAGGCUGCCUACCUGGGGGCGGUCUCCACCUUCACCUGGGUCUGCGCCCCGUUCCUGGUUGCUCUUUCCACCUUCAGCGUCUACGUGCUGAUUGAUGAACACAACAUCCUUGAUGCUCAGAAGGCCUUUGUUUCUCUGGCGCUCUUCAACAUCCUGCGUUUUCCUCUAAACAUGCUACCGAUGGUGAUCAGCAGCAUGGUGCAGGCCAGCGUUUCUCUGAAGCGUCUCCGAGUGUUUCUGUCUCAUGAGGAGCUGCAGGAGGACAGUGUUGAACACAAAGCGGUGGCAGGCUCUCCUCACAGCAUCACCAUCGAGGACGGAGUCUUCAGCUGGUCCAGAACCGAGUCACCGACGCUGAAGAGGCUGAAUGUGUGUAUCCCAGAAGGUUCUCUGGUGGCGGUGGUCGGACACGUUGGAUCAGGAAAGUCUUCUCUGCUUUCUGCUCUGCUCGGAGAAAUGGACAAACUGGAGGGAACUGUAGCUGUUAAGGGUUCUGUGGCCUACAUCCCCCAGCAGGCCUGGAUCCAGAACUCCUCCCUGAAGGACAACAUCCUGUUUGGUCAGGAGAGGAGGGAGGCCUGGUACCGGCAAGUGGUGGAGGCCUGCGCUCUCCAGCCGGACCUGGAGAUCCUUCCUGCUGGAGACGAGACGGAGAUCGGAGAGAAGGGCGUGAACCUGUCUGGAGGUCAGAAGCAGAGGGUGAGCUUGGCCAGAGCCGUCUACUGCGACCGAUCCGUCUACCUGCUGGACGAUCCACUGUCUGCUGUCGAUGCUCAUGUAGGGAAACACAUCUUUGAUUGGGUCAUCGGCCCUCAGGGGCUCCUGAAGGACAAGACCCGGGUUCUGGUGACCCACGGGCUGAGCUACCUGCAUCAGGCCCACCUGAUCCUGGUCAUGCUGGAUGGGGAGAUCACCGAGGUGGGGUCCUACCAGCAGCUCAUGGCCACAGAUGGAGCGUUCGCAGAGUUCCAGCGAACUUACGCUACCGUCGACCAAACUGAAGACGAUGAAUCACCUCCAAAGAGUGGAGCCAAAGGGAAGGAGAACGGCAGCGUGAUGGCUCUGGUUGGCAGUCCAGGAGCGAACAGUACUUCUAAAGUGUCUCUGAUGGAGAAGGAGGAGAAGCAGCUGAACCAGAAGACCAAGGACCUGAAGGUGGGGAAGCUGACGGAGGCUGAUAAAGCCAGCACUGGGAGGGUCAAGCUAUCGGUGUUCUGGUCCUACCUGAAGGCCAUUGGACUGGCUCUGUCCUGCCUCAGCCUGCUGCUGUUCCUGGCCCAUCACCUGGUCUCCAUGUUCUCCAACUACUGGCUGAGUCUGUGGACCGAUGAUCCGGUGGUGAAUGGAACUCAGCCGGACCGCCUGAUGAGGUUGGGGGUGUAUGGAGCUCUGGGUCUGUCCCAGGGUGUGGCGGUCUUCGGUUACUCCCUGGCCAUGUCCAUCGGUGGGAUCCUGGCGUCCCGGUUCCUCCACCAGUCCAUGCUCUACGAUGUCCUGCGCUCUCCCAUGUUCUUCUUUGAGCGAACUCCCAGCGGAAACCUGGUGAACCGCUUCGCCAAAGAGAUGGACACCAUCGACUCGGUGAUCCCCAGCAUCCUGAAGAUGUUCAUGGGCUCCAUGUUCAACGUUCUGGGCUCCUGUGUGAUCAUCCUGAUCGCCACGCCGCUGGUCGCCAUCAUCAUCCCUGUCCUCGGUGUGCUCUACUUACUGGUGCAGAGGUUCUACGUGGCGUCGUCUCGCCAGCUGAAGCGUCUGGAGUCCGUCAGUCGCUCGCCCAUCUACACCCACUUCAAUGAAACGCUGCUGGGAACCUCCGUGAUCCGAGCGUUUGGAGAGCAGGAGCGCUUCAUCCGAGAAAGCGACCGGCGGGUAGACCACAACCAGAAGGCCUACUACCCCAGCAUCGUAGCCAACAGGUGGUUGGCGGUUCGUCUGGAAUUCGUAGGAAACUGCAUCGUGUCGUCUGCUGCGCUGUUCGCCGUCAUAGCCAGAGAGAGUCUGAGUCCAGGCAUCAUGGGUUUGUCCAUCUCCUACGCCCUGCAGCUCACCGCCUCCCUGACCUGGCUGGUCCGGAUGUCCUCCGACGUGGAAACCAACAUCGUGGCCGUGGAGAGAGUCAAAGAGUAUUGUGACACCGAGAAGGAGGCCCAGUGGACCCACCAGGCCUCCAGUCUUCCUCCAGGCUGGCCCACCACCGGCUGCAUCGACAUCAGAGGCUUCGGUCUGAGAUACCGAGAAGAUCUGGACCUGGCCAUCAGGAACAUCAGCAUCAGCAUCUCUGGAGGGGAGAAGGUGGGCAUCGUGGGCCGGACCGGAGCAGGGAAGUCCUCUCUGACUCUGGGCCUGUUCCGGAUCAUCGAGGCGGCUGAGGGGAAGAUCUUCAUAGAUGGGGUGGACAUCUCCCAGCUUGGCCUCCACGAGCUCCGGUCGAGAAUCACCAUCAUCCCUCAGGACCCGGUUCUGUUUUCAGGCUCUCUGAGGAUGAACCUGGAUCCUUUCGACUCGUACUCUGAUGAGGAAGUGUGGAGGGCUCUGGAGUUCUCCCAUCUCAAGAGCUUUGUGUCUGGUCUUCCUGACAAACUGAGCCAUGAGUGCAGCGAAGGAGGAGAGAACCUCAGUGUGGGUCAGCGCCAGCUGCUCUGUCUGGCCAGAGCUCUGCUGAGGAAAACCAAAAUCCUGGUUCUGGAUGAGGCCACAGCAGCUGUAGAUAUGGAGACAGACAACCUGAUCCAGUCCACCAUCCGGUCCCAGUUCGAGGACUGCACCGUCCUGACCAUAGCUCACCGCCUCAACACCAUCAUGGACUACACCAGGGUUCUGGUGUUGGACAAAGGAGAGAUGUCCGAGUUCGACUCUCCUUCCAGCCUCAUCAGGCAGCGGGGAACCUUCUACCAGAUGGCCCGGGACGCCGGUCUGGUGUGAAGCUGGUUUUGACUGUCCAGCUGCUCUGAGCCUCGUUUAGCUGCAGAGCUUCUGGGAUGAUGGGACCGAGCAGGUUGUUCAGGUGUUUGAGGUGCUGAUGAGACCAAGGUUUAGUUUGAGAUGUUCCACCUUCACCUCCGUCCUCAUGUAACAGAUCCACGCUGCUCCCUGUCGACCCAAACACGUCCACGUUCUCCAGUUCCCACCAGAUUCCCUUGGUCUCCCUGCUGUCUGACAGGAAGGGGGAUAAUGGAUCAGUUCUGGUUCUGAGGUCCGGACAGACAAACCUGGACCUGGAGGAAGAUCAUAUGUGCCAAAUACUGCCUUUAAAUCCUUCAUUUGCUCAGAAAUGCAGUUUUUAAACAUCAGCGAUGUGAGAAGAAGGCCGAGUCUUCAGAUCCCGUUUAAACAGACAGCACAUUAAAAUGUCUUUAAUUAAUGUUAUGGUCUGUAAAUGUAGAAUAUUACAUGUACAGACUGUUUAUAUGAAGCCUGGACAGAGUUUCAAAGCAGGUUGCUCAUAUUUCUGUCUUCAUCCAGCAGAAAUCACUGGUUUUAUUUUACAUCCCAUAAACACCAGCAGUCACCUCCAGGCUGAGGAGUUCAGCUCCAGUCCAAGUUCUCAGAAAACCUCUGAAAUGAUCCAUCAGUGAAGGCCGCUGGGUUCUUAACAGUCGGAUCAUUUUAGAGAUGCUACAUUUAGGGAGUGAAAAGGAAGGCAGAGCGUUGAAACAUUUAUUACCCAGGAUGUUCAGUAUUCCGUACUCAUAGAUCCGUGACAAUCUGCUGUGAGGUUUCAGGUACUGUAGACUUUAUAUUCUACCAUCAAUCAGCGGACUCACCUGUCCAGCAGGUGUUUCAGUCAGACCAGAGUUCUGACCCUGUAGCUGCCGAAGUUAACUGACAUGUCUGAAUGUAAAGAACGUUUUCUGAUCCAUCUUUAUCUCUGAGAGCCUCUCCAGGUGUUCCAGCAGCAGGUAAAGAAAACCACCAUGACACGCACAACCUGCUGUGGAAUCAGCUGAAUGGAUUCACUUGACUGUUACUCUAAUUAUUUAUUGUGUUCUUGUUCUUUCUGCAACAGCUUUAAGUUGGUGUGUUCUUGCUGCUCAUUAUUUAGAGGCUUUACUCUAUUAAAAGCUUUUGGAGCUGAAUUACUUUGAUUAUACAAAAGUUUAGUUCCAGGAAUUCUGCAGUUUCAGGAAAAUGAUCUUGGGUCUUAAAGAAAACUUCAGACUUUCAGAACAAACUCAGUUCAGUUCUCAGUUCGGUACUUUUAUUUUUUAAUCAAAAGGUACUGAAUGUGCAUUGGAUGGACAUUACUAUUGAGUUUUACUGUCUGUUACGUAUCUUUGAAUUGUUUACAACUAAUAAAUUAUAGAAUACUUUUCCAAAGACUCUUCAUCUCCAACAGCAAUUUAAGUUGGGUUGAUGCCUUCAUGCUUCUCUGCAUUGCUGUAUUUAAUUCAGUGAGUUUCUGUUUUUUUUGAAUAAAGGUGCAAAAUGAA